GGAAGCGCUGGGCUUCAUGCUCACGUGAAUCUCCUGGAAGUUGGUGCGCUUUUGGCCCAAGAAACUGAUCGAGGUUUUCCGCCGAGGAAUCCGUCAGAAUAAACCUCUACGAUGUUCCUGCAGUUCUAUCUCAAUGAACAGGGAGACAGGGUCUACACGCUCAAGAAGAUAGACCCCUCUGGCCAGCCGACGUGCUCAGCCCAUCCUGCCCGUUUCUCCCCAGACGACAAGUACUCUCGCCACAGGAUCACCAUCAAGAAACGCUUUGGUGUCUUGAUGACCCAGCAGCCUCGACCGGUGGUAUAAACCGUGUUCCUUUUGUCGUCAGCUGACACUGAUGCGGCCCAUCAAGAUGGGAUCAGCUUUUUCCAGGGUCACCUUGGAGCCGUGCAUGGUGAAAGAAUAAGAGCUGCAUCUCCCUUACGUGGUCUGCUUCUCUGUUGGACUAGGGAUGCCUCCGGUGUGUUUAAAUCUGUUUUCGUCACAACGUGCUGUUUUGUUUGGUGAAACAAGGAAAUGCGGGGGUUUGGGCAAGAGGGUCUGAACGCCUUCCCAUGCUUCUGUUUGAAAUUGGCCGUGUAAUUUCUGACCCCAAAUAAAGAGAAUGCUCCAUUGUUUUA